AUGGUUCUAGGGGCUUUUCAUUUGAAAUCAGAAGAGCACAUAGACUUUGAUAUGAGUUUUACACACAUGGAAGAUGCUGCUUACUGGUUGGUACCAAAAGCAAAACCUUUACCUUUGUGGAAACGACUAAAAAUGCCUACCUUUAAAACACUUAUUAUUACGUGGAUUGCAUAUUGCCUGGUCAUUUCAACUGUAUUUAAAAGCAAAUUAAUGAAUGUGAUGACAGAAAAUAUCUACGAAAACCAGAUAGAAAGUUUAAGUGAAAUUCAACAUUUUAUUACCAUUAUACCAAUCCCGACGAAGAAUUUGUAA